GGGUGCAGCAUCCGGAGCUCGAGCUUGGGCCAUCCCGGGUGGACUCCACGUUCGCUGGCGGGAGAGGACGAGGGAGGAGCCCACCCUAAGAAACUUCUCCCCCCUUUGGGGAGAGGAGGCACAGUGCUGAGCGACGGCGGCUUCGGACGAAGUUGGAGCUGCUGAGCCUCGGGGCGGCGUUCAAGGCUCCUUCCCACACGCGCGCUGAGCGCAGCUAGCGGCGUCGGGCGAGGAGCAAGCGGUGGUCCUUUCCGCGAGGGUCAGCAGCCCGACUUCGGGCAGCCAGGAAGGCCGCGGCCCGGCGCGCAAGUCCCUCUACCCUGCACGCGGCCACGGCGGGAGAAGGAGGUAACGUAAGCGGCCAGGCGGGUUCGUAGGCUGGAGACACACACCGAUCGUCACCCCCAAAGGUCCCCCUGAGUCUCCAGGGUUCGCUUCUACAUCCCCGGAGUCGUGCCCCCUCCCCCCUCAGCGCGGAGCCCCAGGCGGGGACACCCCGAAUUGAACGUUCCCAAACCUCCGUGCACCUGGCUCAACCGGAGUCCCCCGUGUCAGGGCAGGGCAAGGCCGCCGGCGGUGAGCCGGAGCCAGCCCAGCGCCCCGGCUCUGCCGAGCCCUCGGAGCCCACCCAUGGGUCAUCCCCUGCUCUGCGGGCCUCUUCGCCCUGUCGCGCUCAGCCCAGCUCCGGGCGCCGCGCGCAGGAGGAUCUGUACGCAGUGACCCUGGAGCCCCCGCAGACGCCGGGAGACUCGGCGGCGGGAGCCGCAGGCGGUUCCCCACACCUCCAGGAGCUUCCAGGGAGCCCUCCAAGCCGUGCUCGGGGUCCGUCCCGCUGUUCCCAGCCCAGAGCCAUGAUGAAGACCUUGUCCAGCGGGAACUGCACACUCAACGUGCCCGCUAAGAACUCCUACCGCAUGGUGGUGCUGGGUGCCUCCCGGGUGGGCAAGAGCUCCAUUGUCUCCCGUUUCCUUAAUGGCCGCUUUGAGGAUCAGUACACACCCACCAUCGAGGACUUUCAUCGCAAGGUGUACAACAUCCAUGGGGACAUGUACCAGCUGGACAUCCUGGACACCUCUGGUAACCAUCCGUUCCCUGCCAUGCGCCGGCUGUCUAUCCUCACAGGAGACGUCUUCAUCCUGGUGUUUAGCCUGGAUAGCCGGGAGUCCUUCGACGAGGUCAAGCGCCUCCAGAAACAGAUCCUGGAGGUCAAGUCCUGCCUGAAGAAUAAGACCAAGGAGGCCGCAGAGCUGCCUAUGGUGAUCUGUGGGAACAAGAAUGACCACAGUGAGCUGUGCCGCCAGGUCCCUGCCAUGGAGGCGGAACUGUUGGUGUCCGGGGAUGAAAACUGCGCCUACUUCGAGGUGUCAGCCAAGAAGAACACGAACGUAAACGAGAUGUUCUACGUGCUGUUCAGCAUGGCCAAGCUGCCCCACGAGAUGAGCCCUGCACUGCACCACAAGAUCUCCGUGCAGUACGGUGACGCCUUCCACCCCCGGCCCUUCUGCAUGCGUCGCACCAAGGUCGCAGGUGCCUAUGGCAUGGUCUCGCCCUUCGCCCGCCGCCCCAGUGUCAACAGUGACCUCAAGUAUAUCAAGGCCAAGGUCCUACGGGAGGGCCAGGCCCGAGAGAGGGACAAGUGCAGCAUCCAGUGAGAGGCAGGGACUUCGGGGAGGGGGCUUGGGCAGUGCCUUAAGGGAGGUGGCUGAGGAUUCCCACUGCCCACAUCCCACAGAGGGCCCUAGGUGUGUACACUGUGCCCAUUCUCUUGAUUCCUGGCCACCACCUGUGAGCUAUGAUUGCGGUUCCUUUGUGGGAGGACAGAGAUGUGUCUGGGGGUAUGUCAGCACUCACGCCAAGACAAUCUCCCAGUGACCUUAGAGCGGGAGGGAUGGGGGAAAGGCCAGGAAUCCUGCGUCAGAAGCAAGAUGCUCAGUACAAGUCACAGGAUGAGAACAUCUUAGCCAGAUGUCCCAGCCAGAUUCCCUGGUGGCCUCUGCUCCCUCUGUGCAGACAGGCUUGGUCUCUAUGCCUCUGGAGAAACCACCCUCCUGGGUCUUCAGCUCCUGCCCUCUGGCCCAGCUGUGUACCCCCUCGCCUCCAACUUAGCCCCUGGCCACUCUGACGUUGAGCCAACAGAGAAACAGAGACAGACAGAGAUGGAGAGACACGUGCCUGUGUCCCUCAGACCACUGCCUCUUGGCUACAUUCCCAGGCCUGUCCAUAUAACAUUUCUCGUUGUUUUGAAGUGUGUUUCCUGUUCUGUUUGCAGUAGACAUGAAGUCCUUGUACUGUAAGAGCCCAAUGCCUUGUCUUUGACAGGGUUUCCCUACUCAAAUCCAUUGCUUUAGCUGGGGUCUCCCUUCCUGCUCCCAGGCAGGCUGUGCAGCUGGGUCCUACCCAGUGUUCAUCAGCUUACAAAGAGCCCACAGUGCCACAGCCACCGCAGGACCCUCCUGCCCUCAGGAGAGGAUGAUGGGGCUUUGAGAAUGUGACUCCAAACCCUUCCGGUAACUAGUUCAGGACAGAGCUCUGACUGGAUGCAGCUUUCUUCCGCUGUAGUCCCUUAAACAUCUGCUGAGUACCUACUGGAUACUCGGUCACUUGUGUGCUAGGCAACAGUAGGCGAGGGGCCUCAUGUGUCCCCCAGCUCCAGCCUCUGCCCGUCCAUGGUGCCCCUUCUGCACACACAGCUGUUAGAGGAUGUGGAACAGCUGAGAGCCAGAGCCGAGUCCAGGACAGGUUGGAAGGAAGACUUAUGGUGGGACUUCUCCUAGCGUUCAGGCUAUGCUAGGUACACGGGAGUGGGGUUGAGGGACGACUAUGACCCUGAAAACCAAAGGUCCCGUUCACCAACUCUUAAUACAUUUGUGCUUUCGUCUCCAUAGUACUGCAGCUGGCCCACUGAGAUGGCUCCGUGGGCCAAGACACGUGCUGCCAAGCUUUCAGCCUGAGUUCGGUUCCAGGGUCCCAUGAAGUAAGGAGAGGAGUAACUUGCUAGCCAUCCUUUGACCUCUGCACAUGCACACAGAGUGGUGAGGCUGGCGGUUAUCAGAAACCAUAGGAAUCUACCAGUGCAUUCUCUCAAGGCCCAAGUCACUCACCGCAGGCGAGGCCAGCCAUGGGCCUUCCACACACACCAGGUCACACCCUGCGCUGGAGCUCCCUGCGACGACAGGGAUUUGGAUCAUGUUACACACCCCUCCCCCAGAGCAAUCACUGAGGUAAUCUGUGGAUGCUGUGCAAUGCUCUUCUUAACGCACACCAGGCCCAGCCCUGACUCCACACCUCAAACAGCUGCCGCCCAGCACAACUGCUUCAGCGCUUGCUUCUGUCCUGCAGUGACCCCAGCCUCAACCCCGAGAGUAUACCAGGUACUUGUCCAGGCAGGUGUUUGGCCUGGCCCCAUCCAGUCAGGCUCCAUUGCGUGGACCUCUGUGUACACUAUCAAUUAAAGUUGGUUUGUUAGCAGC